GGUGCUGGGGAGGCUGCGCCUGAGCACUGGGUUGGCCAGGCUGGAGAGGGCCUAAAGCGGACGUGAGGGGAGCGGAGCAAGAUGGCGGUGCAGGUGGUGCAGGCGGUUCAUCUUGAGUCUGACGCUUUCCUAGUUUGUCUCAACCACGCUCUGAGCACAGAAAAGGAGGAGGUGAUGGGUCUAUGUAUAGGGGAGUUGAAUGAUGACACAAGGAGCAACUCCAAAUUUACCUGCACUGGAGCUGAAAUGCGCACAGUUGCUGAAAAGGUUGAUACCAUCAGAAUUGUUCACAUUCAUUCUGUCAUCAUCUUGCGGCGUUCUGAUAAGAGGAAAGACCGAGUAGAAAUUUCUCCAGAGCAGCUGUCUGCAGCUUCAACAGAGGCAGAAAGGUUAGCUGAACUAACAGGUCGCCCUAUGAGAGUUGUGGGCUGGUAUCAUUCCCACCCUCAUAUAACUGUUUGGCCUUCACAUGUUGAUGUUCGAACGCAAGCCAUGUACCAAAUGAUGGAUCAAGGCUUUGUAGGACUUAUUUUUUCAUGUUUCAUAGAAGAUAAAAACACAAAGACUGGUCGGGUACUGUACACUUGCUUCCAAUCGAUACAGGCCCAGAAGAGCUCGGAGUCCCUUCAUGGUCCACACGACUUCUGGAGCUCCAGCCAGCACAUCUCCAUUGAGGGCCAGAAGGAAGAGGAAAGGUAUGAGAGAAUUGAAAUCCCUAUCCAUAUUGUACCUCAUGUCACCAUUGGGAAAGUGUGCCUUGAGUCAGCAGUAGAGCUGCCCAAAAUUCUGUGCCAGGAAGAACAGGAUGCCUAUAGAAGGAUUCACAGUCUUACACAUCUGGACUCAGUAACCAAGAUCCAUAAUGGCUCAGUGUUUACCAAGAAUUUGUGCAGUCAAAUGUCAGCAGUCAGUGGGCCACUCUUACAAUGGCUGGAGGACAGAUUGGAACAAAACCAGCAGCAUUUGCAGGAGUUGCAACAAGAAAAGGAAGAGCUUAUGGAAGAACUUUCUUCCCUAGAAUAAAGCAGGAGGAAAAUGUGGAAAAAUGAAAAUACCCAGCACAAAACUAUUAAGCUCAAUCAAUUCUGAAGAUGAUAAAGUUGGAAGACUCACAUGACCCAACUUCAUGACUUAUUAUAAAGCUACAGUAAUCAAGAUAGUAUGGUAUUGGCAGAGGGAAAGACACAUAGAUCAAUGGAACAGAAAGGCGAGUCCAUAAGUAUAUCCACAAUAAUAUGCUCAAUGAAUUUUGACAAGGUGUAAAACUAUUCAGUGAAGGAUAGCCUUUUCAACAAACCAUGCUGAAGCAACUGAACCCCACCAGCUAGCAAAAGGAAAAGGAAAUGUACUUCAGCCAAAAUCUUACACCUUCUAUAAAAGUAUUUCAAAUGUAUCAUGGAUUUAGAUGUAAGAUGUAAAACUUUUAGCCAGACACGGUGGCACAUGCCUUUAAUCCUGGCACUUGGGAGGUAGAAAUAGGUGGAUCACUGUGAGUUCAAGGCCAUCCUGGGACUACAGAGUGAGUUCUAGGUCAGCUUGGGCUAGAGUGAGACCCUAUCUCUGAAAAAAAAAACUUUUAAGAGAAAAUCAUAUAAGAAAUAUCUUUAAGAGAAAUUCUUAAACUCAAAAGCACAACCCAUAAGAAAAGGGUAGCUAUAUUGGGCUUCAUCAAAAUUAAAACCUCUUAUUCUGUAAAAAAUAUUAAAGACAAAUUAUUUGCAAAUCAUGUAGUAUCUGAUUAGCUUGGAAAACAUUGUACUCAAAAUCUCAACAGUAAGAAAAAAACAAAAACUAGUUAGGAAAUGAGAAAAGAACAUGAAUAGACAUUUUCACCAAAGAAGAUGUAUAGAUAGCAGAUAAUCACAUGAAAAUACAUUGAAUUUCAUUAGUCAUUGGGUAAUGCAAAUUAAGACUCCAAUGGGAUAUGACAUGCAUUGAUUAGAACGACUAAGAACAGAACAGUGAAAAUGCUAAAUGAUGUCGAGUAUGCAGACUAGAUUUUCCAUACGUUGGUGGCAGGAAUGUAAAAUAAUAUAGCUACUCUGAGGAAAAGUUUGGAAAUUUCUUGUAAGGUUAAAUAUAUACUAAUCAUGUAGUCUAGCAGUUGUAUUCCUGGACAUUUAUCAUUUAUCUGUGUAAACCUGUGUUGGCACAAAAAAACUUGCACAAAAAUUUCAUGGCAGCCUUAUUUGUAAUAACCCAAAACUGGAAAUAACCCAGAUAGCCUGCAAUAAAUAAAUGAUUAGACAAAUUUUCCCUACCAUGGAAUGCCAUUCUAUAGUGGAAAGGAACUAUGCCACUCACACAUACAACUUAAAUGGACCUGGGGGAAAUGUUACAGUAAAUGAAGAAAGUUUGUUUCAAAAGGACAUGUACUGUAUGGUCGCAUUUAUGUAACAUUAUUGAAAUGUCAGAAUUAUGGAAAGGAAUAACAAAUUAAUGUUUGGGGGGGAUACAGACUGGAUGUUAUACGGCAUACAUAACUAAAGGGAUGGAACAAGCGUUCCUUUGUGCUGAGCAAAUAGUUUUGUAUCUUAGUUCUAUUGCUAAAACUGUGUAAGUCUGUACAAUGCAAAUCAAUGCAUGUGAAAUCUAGCAAAACGAAAUAAAGUCUGUAGUUUAGUGAACAGUA